AUGGCCUGGAUUGGCUGUAUCCAGACUGGGAAGCAGGUGGCUGCGAGCGGGGACGGCACGCGAGGGUUCUGGGAGGCGGCGUCCCUCCGGCGCGAGUUUUUUGUACUGUGUGGAGUACAGAAGUACAAGUAUCUUUAUUUCAAGUUCAGGAUGUCCAGAAGCAAGUGUCAAAGCAGUGGUGAUAAUAGCGCCCCCGGAGUGAACCUUGGUGCCUUCGUGUUUCUGUUGCACAUUAAUUCUGUGGCCAAUUACCCCAAUGGAAGAGUAACAAGGUCUUGCCACGGAAUGAUUCCUGAACAUGGUCAUAGUCCACAGUCUGUUCCUGUUCACAAUGUUUCAGUGAGUCAGAUGACAUUCAGACCAGGAGAUCAGAUCGAAGUUACUUUGUCAGGGCGACCAUUUAAAGGCUUUCUUCUAGAAACUCGUGAUGCUGAGGAUUUGAAUGGUCUUCCUGUUGGCUCCUUCACAUUGAAAGACAGUCAGGUGUCACAGCUUUUGACCUGUGAAGAUGUACAGGGAUCAGCUGUGAGUCACACAAAUCCUUCCAAAAAAACAGAAAUUAAAGUCUACUGGAAUGCUCCAAGCAGUGCUCCGAAUCACAUACAGUUUCUAGUCACAGUUGUUGAGAAGUAUAAAAUCUACUGGGUGAAGAUUCCUGGCCCUACAAUUUCUCAACCAAAUGCACCGCCAUUGACAACACCUACAGCCACACUUAUGUCUUUGUCAACGUUACCUCCAGCGUCCCAUUUAACCAAACCAUUCAGUGCCUUAGACUGUGGGAACAAGAAGUUCUGUGUUCGGAGUCCUUUGCACUGUGACCCGGAGAACGAAGCUGCCUGUGUCUUCUUGUCCUUCACAAGAGGCGACCAGUCGGUGAUGGUUGAGAUGAGUGGUCCCAGCAAAGGCUAUCUGUCCUUUGCGCUGUCUCAUGAUCCCUGGAUGGGUGAUGAUGACGCUUAUCUGUGUAUUCAUGAAGACCAGACUGUGCGCAUACAGCCUUCCCAUCUGAUGGGACGAAGUCAUCCGGUGAUGGACUCCAGGGGUACUCUUGAGGACGUGGCUUGGAGGCUGGCGGAUGAUGUUAUGCAGUGUUCUUUCAGAAGAAACAUUACCCUUCCUGGGGUUAAGAAUAGAUUUGAUCUAAACACAAGCUACUACAUAUUUCUAGCAGAUGGCGUAGCCAGUGAUGGUCGAAUUUAUAAGCACUCUCAGCAACCUUUGAUUACAUAUGAAAAGCAUGAUGUGACUAACUCUCCGAAGGACAUAGGAGGCUCCCGUUCGGUGCACCUUCUGAAGGCUCAUGGUGCCUUAAUGUUUGUGGCGUGGAUGACUACUGUCAGCAUAGGUGUGCUGGUUGCCAGGUUCUUCAAGCCAGUUUGGCCCAAAGCUUUCUUCCUUGGUGAAGCAGUUUGGUUUCAGGUGCAUCGGAUGCUCAUGCUCGCCACCUGUGCCCUCACCUGCAUUGCUUUUGUCCUGCCUUUUAUCUACAGAGGGGGCUGGAGCUGGCGUGCAGGCUACCACGCGUACCUGGGCUGUGCAGUGAUGGCAUUAGCAGUGCUCCAGCCUCUCCUGGCGGCCUUCCGACCACCUUUCCACGACCCCCGAAGGCAAAUGUUUAACUGGACUCACUGGAGUAUGGGAACAGCUGCUAGGAUAAUAGCUGUGGCUGCAAUGUUCCUGGGAAUGGAUUUACCAGGACUGGAUCUUCCAGAUUCUCGGAAAACCUAUGCCAUGAUUGGAUUUGUAGCAUGGCAUGUCGGGACUGAGAUUGUUCUGGAGAUGAACUAUUGGAUGAUGUUAGAAUUCAGAUCCUUCAGUCAUUUACUGUAGCUGAAGCAGAGGGUCAUUCUUUUAAGAAGGCAGUGCUGGCAGUUUAUGUCUGUGGGAAUGUGACUUUUCUCAUCAUAUUCUUAUCUGCAAUCAGUCAUCUGUGAUCAAGCAAAGGCCUUGACUUUUGUGGACCUGGUGAUAAUUAUCAACAAACCAAAGACACUCGAAGCUUGUACGGACAGCCGGGAGUGUAUUUGUGAAUUCUGAUCCAAGUUGUUGAGGAACUCUGAAGUCUGGUCUUUAGAGAUCAAAGUUUAAGUGGGCCAUACAGUCUCUGAAUUGAGGUCAAGCUUGGAUGUGGGAUUCUGGGUCUGAAAGAGAAGGUUGUUCUUCAGGACAAAUGACUCACCAAUAUUUCAUGCCAAGGUUUAAGAAUGUUAGCAUUUAAGAAAAUAAAUAAGAAGAAUGACUUGGAAACACAAAAUAGUUGUUCCUAGGAUAAAAAGAUGUACUAAGGUAAAUAUAUUUUGGACUACAAAGGUGCUAUGGUACUUUAAAGAAAACUUUUUUUACUAUUUUAUUUGAAUGGUCUUUGUACUUUUAAAAUAAACUAUGUUUUUCAGUCCAGUUCUUUGGACAAA